AGACACAGUCAACAUUUACCUGUGUACAGGUAUGGCGAACGUUUCGGACAAACUGGCCGUGUUGGCCUGUCCACUUGGAAUUGUAUAUAUGAUCUUGGCGUUUGCAGCAGCCCAACAACCAAGUCAAGCCUCUACCCCUGCCCCGGUCCUGGACACAAAAGGUAUUGCGGUAUCGCUGUUUCCGUACCCAUACCCUGGUCAUGUGGAGCUGUUUGAAGGUGUCGAUCCUGAUGAGUUGACGGGGUCUACCUCUAGCACCCAACAUCCAUUUUUACAGGAAAACAUUCUGAUCACUUCACUGGUGCCUGACCCAGCUGGUAAUAGGUUCUUUUACAUAGACGUAUACACAAAUAGUAUAUAUCGCUGGGAUAAUGUCACCACUACCCUCAAUGACAAGACCGUGUCCACCAUCAACCAGACCUAUAAGCUGUACGAAGGCUUGUCAAGAGCGAUAUGUAAACUUGACUACGAUUACGUAUCAGGGAAUAUUUACUGGAGUGACCCUCUGCUCCACUGGAUUGCUGUUCUACCUGUGGAUUCGGACAGCACGGACGGUAUGAAGUUACUCCUCACCGAUGACGUCGAUUACGUUGCCGCUAUGGCUUUGGACACGAACAGCAAACAACUAUUCUGGGUUUCGUCGGCCUAUGAGGAUGGCAAAAUGGAAAGAAGUAACUUGUAUGGGGAGGAACGACAGGUGAUCAUUUCCUCAAGUAUCGGCUUUGUGGAUGACAUGACGUUAGAUAUGACUGACGAGUUGCUCUACUGGGUGGACAGUCAUCGCAUGACCGUGGAAUCGGCAAAAUAUGAUGGCACGGAACGUAGGGUCAUCCGGCGGCUGGUUGGAACCGAGUUCACCUCUAUUGCUGUGAUUGGGAGCAGCAUAUGUCUGGUUAAUUUUGAUAACUACGAGAUGCAGUGUAUGUUCAAGGCUUCUGGAGAUCGUUAUGUCUAUCAUAGUUUCUAUCCCAGUAACCCCUACGCUGUAGGCUUCUUCAACCCUGGUGUUCAGAUAACUACGUUAGAAGACAAAUGUGUUAAUACAGCCUGUGAUCACAUAUGCAUCAACACAAAAACACAACCCAAGUGUUUAUGUAAAGAUGGAUACACACUGGAACCAAACGGAAAGACAUGUACACUGGUUAACAAGUUGUUCGAGUCUGCUGUGACAUUGACCAACAGUACUCACAUUUGUAUGAUCCAACUAUCGUCUUUGUCCUCCUCCGCCACAAACAAGCCUCUCCGCUGUGAGGUUACGAACGCUACCAUGAACACCCGCCAUAUUCAGGCACAUGUCGCCAAAAACCUGUUGUAUUACACAGCCAAUGGCAAAGACCCAGCUUCCGUCAACAAGACACAGCUCCUUCGGUUUGACCUGAGAUCCCAGCAACAUUGGGUCGUAGUGACUGACAUGGAGGACCCCGACGACAUAGCAUUUGACUGGGUAGGAGAAAAGAUGUUUUCCUGUCAUAGUAAGGUCAAUCUUGUCAAAGUCUGGGAUGUAGUGUCAGGGCUGUCUUCAAUUGUCUACUCUGACAAAUAUGUGGCGAAAGUAUCGGAACUAGCUAUAGACCCACAUAGGGAUAAUAUUUUUUGGAUCGCGGACACGAUCGACGGAUUGGGUAUCUAUGUUGGCACGUUUUCUGGGGCUACCCCAGUCAGGCUUGUAAGCAGUGGUUCGCUAAUCAAACCGACAGGGCUGAGCUUUGAAUACCUUGAUGACAGUGUUUGUUACAUUGACUCAGGACGUUUCUAUGGUGUUACUGUUAAUGGGACGCAGUCAGGCCAUCGCAUAUCUGUAGGUGAUGCUACGAAGUCGCUUAUUUACAAGAACUAUGCGAUAUGGAACUCUGGGAAAUCAACACUGAAGAUGUCUAUCUAUACACUGGACACUUCCGUCUAUACCACAACUACAACGAUGGGGACUAUCAACGCCAUGACUCUUUAUUCCAAGGAAGCCCAGACAGCAUUUCUAGAUCCCUGUAAGAUUGGCAAUGGUGGCUGUGAUGAUAUAUGUUUGAGACAAGGACAGUCUGUUACCUGUAUGUGUGACUUCGGUCGAACACUGAGCGCGAAUAAUAGGUCAUGUAGUGCAGUUCCAUUAACAACCAAUUUCAUGUUGAUGACAGACCUGUUACAUGAUCGUAUUGUCCAGGUGUCCAUGGAUGGCACAAAGGUAAUAAGUCUGCCUAUCAAUAAUUUGAUGACACCAGCCAUGGCUCGAUAUGGCCACCAUGACGAUAUGCUGUACUGGAGCGAAAUCGGCAGUAAAUCUAUCAGGCGGGGUUCUCUGGAUGGAACUAAGAAUGAAAAAAUUAUGAGUGUUGGGGGUGAGUCGUAUCCUGAUCGUUUCGCCAUUGACUUCACCAUCAACCAGAUAUAUUUCACGGUAUCACAUUCGAAAGAAUUUAAUAGGGGCUACAUUGCUGUAAUGAAACCAAAACGUGAUAAGAUAGAAAGCAAGAUCCUAAUACCAAACCUCAACUUUCCUGGUGGCAUUGCGAUAGAUCCUGGAAAAGGUUAUAUAUAUUUCAACAACCAUGGGUCUGAAGUGUACAUAGCACGAGCUGAUAGUGAUGGUGGUAACAUCAAAACUAUCGUCAACUUUACUAGAAGUGGCGGAACACCUCUUGGCAUGGCCAUCGACUAUCAAAAUGGGGUUUUGUACUGGGCGGAUGCCUACACAGACCAGGAUAAGAUCGAGUAUAUCAACCUACAAACUGGCACACGUAGUGUGUUACGGACUGAUAUGACCUCUGACGCCGUGGAUGUGGUUCUCUCUGGUAUAUAUCUCUACUACGUUGGAUACAACAGACACCGAAUAAUAAAAGUGAAUAUACAAACCAAACAAUUAGAAGAUUUCAUGACUGACCAGCCGGAAUUAGGAGCGUGUGACUCGACCGAUAUCGUCCCGACGGCAAACACACAACCAAAUAAUACCCAGUGUGGUAGCAAUAACGGCAUGUGCUCACACUACUGUUUCGCAAGGCCAUCUGGUAAAAAGAAAUGUGGUUGUCCUGAUGGGCUGUACCUUGACCAGGCUACCCAGUUAACAUGUACCACUGCUCCACCAAAAUGUCCAACCCAGAUUCCCAAUGGCGACCUAAACCCAGGUUGCUCAGCCCUCAGCGGAACGAGUUGUGGGUACAGUUGUAAAUCGGACAAAUAUAUGAAGAACCCGGAUGUAAAUAUCCUUACUUGUACCUCUUCAAUGUUCUGGGAUUCCCCUACUGACACUCUGUGUAUAGAGAAAGUAUGUGAUACCAACAUGCAGGACGGAAGCUUAGUAAAUUGCCAGGGUAAGUCGGGCGAGUCGUGCACAUGGACAUGCCCUGGCACACUGGUUAAAAAGCCACUGAUAGAGGCAGUUGUAUGUCUGUCCAGCGGCAUGUGGAGCACACCACUGGCAGAGCUUUGUGUACAAAAGGCGACAUGUUCUUCUACAAUAACAAACGGAAAUCUACAAGGUUGUACCUUCAAAGCGGGCGCAUCUUGUUCAGUCAUUUGUAGCCCUAACUACACUGCAGAUGUUGACAAAAUCCAUUGCCUUCCUGAUGGAGUGUGGGAUCAAAAUGUUCAGACUCUGUGUAAAAAGAUCACCGAGGCGACAUGUUCUUCUACAAUAACAAACGGAAAUCUACAAGGUUGUACCUUCAAAGCGGGCGCAUCUUGUUCAGUCAUUUGUAGCCCUAACUACACUGCAGAUGUUGACAAAAUCCAUUGCCUUCCUGAUGGAGUGUGGGAUCAAAAUGUUCAGACUCUGUGUAAAAAGAUCACCGAGGCGACAUGUUCUUCUACAAUAACAAACGGAAAUCUACAAGGUUGUACCUUCAAAGCGGGCGCAUCUUGUUCAGUCAUUUGUAGCCCUAACUACACUGCAGAUGUUGACAAAAUCCAUUGCCUUCCUGAUGGAGUGUGGGAUCAAAAUGUUCAGACUCUGUGUAAAAAGAUCACCGUGAAGAAAUGUACAGGUGCCAUACCCAAUGGAUCCCUUGAGGGGUGUACUUUAGCAGCAGACAGAUCUUGUAGAGUCAGGUGUACCUCAGGCUACGUUCCGUCUGUUGACUUUAUUCAUUGUUUACCUGACGGAGUUUGGGACAAAGAUCUCAAGAAUGUCUGUGAGGUGGCCAAAGUGGUCACACCUGAGAAGCAGACAGCUGCCGUCGAGUCAAGCGUCACAGGGCUAACCGCCGCAGUCGCCAUCGUCGUCACUCUCCUCGUAAUCGUCAUUGCUUUAGGAGUCACAUUCUACUUCUGUCGCAGGAGGGUCUUUGCAGCAGAUAAACAAGCAGUGCAGGGUCGUUAUCGUGCCUCGCCUAAUGUUUAUUUCAACGCAAGUGAUAGUAGAGGUGAGGUCCCAGCACAGGGUUUCAGCAACCCUACGGUACAAGCCAGUAACGGUGAGGCCAUGCCAAACACCAACCCACUCAAGAUGGACCAGAUCAACCUGUCCGACGACCCUACUAAAGAGAAUAUGCGAAUUGAGGGACACUAUGACAUCAUCAAAGAGGGUACGCCAGUGGCCGGAGCAGGAGGACCCCAUGAGGUAGUCAAUCCAUUGUACAGCACUGUGCGACCGCAAGAGGAAGUGAAGUUUCAAAAUGCUGAAGACGUCCCAGAAAAACCAGGAUAUCAUAGAUUUAAUUGAAGACUGAAACAAACUUUGGGGGAAUAUGUAAUAUCUUCAUUCACGUUUAAAAUAGUAUCAGUAGUUUGUACUUAAUUGAAUAUAAAAUUUAACUCUUGACAUCAAAAUGGAACCGCCUAUGGAACCUUUAAGAACAACAUAACAAGUUUAAUCUUGUGUAAGUUUCCUUGAUAUGUUGUUAUACUAGCAAAACAAUUCACGUCAAAAUUCCGGUCACGUAUGUAAAACAAAAUAUAUCAUGUUUCAUCGAAAGAAAAACUACCUAAGACGGGUUCUUUACACAAUAUAGUUCCGGGUCGUUUCAUAAAGUUUCUGUCUUAUAUGAUGUCAUAUUUUUUUAUGAAAAUUUACACACACAGGCAUAUAUAUAUAUAUAUAUGUUUACAUACAGAUUGCUGUUAUAUUUCCCUGAUUUCAUAUAUCUAUAUCGAAACUGUAAAUGUUGAUUUUAAUUCCUUUUUGGUCUCAUUACAAUGAUAAUGUGUGAUAUCAAUGAAUCUGACUUCAGAGUUUCUUUAUUAUAUUACUUUAAUUUUAUACUGUUUUGAUGGUGUCCAUGAUAUUUUUCAGUGUUUUUUUAUAUGGAUUUGUUACUGUUGUAUAAUGUUUGUUGUUUGAUUCUAAAAUGAUUAUCCCACCUCCAUGGUAGGGAGUUGAACCGGAGAGUAUAGUCUCCGGGAACAAUCCUUCAACAUGCAAACUUCUAUGAUAAGUUUGGUACAUCGAGGGGGAUUUUCAACAUUAAAAUUUCUAGGAUAAGUCUGGUAUAUUGCGUGAAAUCUUAAAAUGUACACCCUACUUCAAGGAUAGGGAUGGACAGGGAAAAAAACCUUCAAUAUGUAAAAUUUCCUCAAAGAGGAAUAAGCAAAGCUUAGGAGAAAACAGCCAUCAAAAUUUAGAACUAUCAUAAACAAAAGUUCAGUAAAAUUGAGGGGAUGGAUGAGGGUAGGGUAGGUGUUUUGUUGAAGAAAAAAACUCCAACCUAUUUAACAGAGGACUAUGUUAUCAGGAGUGAUAUAUAUGUAGAAUGAGCUGAGUAUGAAAUCCAUGUUAAACGAUUUCAACAAAUGAUGUGCUUCAGUAGAUCUGCUGUAUGUGUAGAUAUACCUAUGUAUGUAUUAUACGUCUAGUGUAUAGGAUUAUCUAGGGUUAUUUUACCCACUCUAUACAUACUGUCUACACUCUUCUCAUACAAUCAUAGCUGUGAUCGGCGUUACCAAUUGAAAUAUUUAAACAGAUCGACAUUGGGCUUUGUAUAAUUCAAUAAAAAUUGUAAAGCUGUGGUUUUACCAAAACUGAGUUAAGCAAACCCUACAACUGUUCUGACACUGUUGAUUUUUGUUAUAUUGUGUGAUCACUUAAGUAAACUUCUGAACAGAUUGAAAAAGUAGUUCACUGCGCAUGUCACAUCUUAACACCUGUGAAUGACUGAACUUAAAUCCUAUCACAAAAGUUACGUCACAAAAGUGUUACAAAUGUCGCUAAUUUUACUAUGAUACAGAUAUCAUGAUAUCACUUAUAUGAUGUGAACGACAUUAGGAUGUCACCUAUAUCAGAAUGUGUUAUUAGGAUAUAAGUGCUUCAACUGUCGAUAUGUUCCCUGGCGAUAUUUUACCUGAUUUUAUGGAAUCUGGUGUAGAAUUCAGAGAAGACAAAAAUAACAUAUUUCAAAUCAUUGAAGUGCCAUAUAAAUGACAACCUUUAUUAUUUUGUAAAUAUACCAUGCUAACAUUUUAUUUAUAUUUAGUGGAUUCUCUAAGCUUUGAUAUUAUAUGAUUGUAUUUCUAUAAUUCAAUGUUUAAAUUAAAAAUCAGGAAGGCUCGUGUAUAAUUAGAAAAUGAAAAAAAACAACUUUUUCUAAGGUGUUUUUUAUGGAUAGAAUUUUUUAGCAUGAGGUAGAAAUUUGAAAGUUUAUUUGAUAAAACUAGAUCUGUUGAUAUUGAGGUUCCUCGUGAAGUAAUGACGCUAUUGGUGUAAGUGGACAAAAGACACUUUAGGUUACGAUGAUAUUAUAUGUUGAUAUUGAGGCUCCUCAUGAAGUAAAACCUCUAUUAGUGUAAGGGGACAAAAAGACACUUUAGGUUACGAUGAUAUUAUAUGUUGAUAUUGAGGUUCCUCAUGAAGUAAAACCUCUAUUAGUGUAAGGGGACAAAAAGACACUUUAGGCUACGAUAAUAGGAUAUGUUGAUAUUGAGGUUCCUCAUGCAGUAAAACCUCUAUUGGUGUAAGGGGACAAAAAGACACUUUAGGUUACGAUGAUAUUAUAUGUUGCUCAUUAUGUAAGGAAUGAGGUCUACAUGAGGAAAGAAUAGGACCAAUAAGUUACUGAUGAAUGAAAACAAGUAGAAUUUUUAUUGAGACAGGGACACUAACAUUUUAAUGAUGACGUAAGGGGAUGUAAAGAGUUAUUGAGUUAAGUGAACUCGGUAUACAACUUUGGUAAGCCAGCUAGCAGGGGAAUAAUAUGCUGCUAUUAAGACGAGAAUAUCACCGACCCAGAGGAAAUGAUUAGCCAUCGAUACAUACUAUUCCAUUUAAUCAAAGAAUAAAUGAAAUUAUGGACAUCGUGAAUACAUAUUUGUAAAUUGAAAUUUUUGGUACCGUGUAAGUAUAUUUUUAUUUUCCGUACGAACAGACCUAUCAAGCCAUAUCCAAGGUGGGGUCCAAAAAUACCUGUUUAGUUUAAAUCCAGCUGAGAUCCAGAAUUGUCUAGUUGUAUUCUUCGGGUGAGUUCCGGAGCAUCUCAAUAUUUGACAUCCGGUGUACUGAAAACAGGGUCAACAUAUCGGUCCCCUCAAUAGAGUCCGUAAAUAAUGUAAUAUUGUUCAUCAGAGGACAGCCUUUGUUAAGAGAAUCGAUUGCUUGCUUCAAAUGUGUUGAUAUCUGGAAAAGAAAAUCAUAUGCAGAAAAUUCACUGCUGGCGAAGUAAGGACUGUUUCAUUAGUUAACUUCGACGAGAUGUUACAUCUUCCUCAUAACUUUAUCAUACUAUAACCUUUGACAUAAUAUCAAAAUUAAAUAUAUUGCAAGUCUAAACCAGAUUGUCUGAUAAAUAACACAUGUCAGCAAUCGAUAUUUUCAGAAAUUCUUGUGCCUUGGAGUAAUAUCGGUCUAUUUUCAUGACCAGAUUGAUUAUUUUGACCGUGCGCAUGUUCUCACGACCACUUUGACCGUGCGCAUGUUCUCACGACCACUUUGACCGUGCUCAUGUUCUCACGACCACUUUGGCCGUGCGCAUGUUCUCACGACCACUUUGGCCGUGCGCAUGUUCUCACGACCACUUUGACCGUGCGCAUGUUCUCACGACCACUUUGACCGUGCGCAUGUUCUCACGACCACACUGAUCGUGCGCAUGUUCUCACGACCACACUGAUCGUGCGCAUGUUCUCACGACCACCUUGACCGUGCGCAUGUUCUCACGACCACACUGAUCGUGCGCAUGUUCUCACGACUACUCUGAUUGUAUGUGAGUUUUUGUGACUAUUCUGUGCUGAUAUCUGGACACAGAUAUUGCAAUAUGUACACAUCUGUGAUGUUUUUGUUUUGUAAAUAUGAUUAAUCAGAUAUUUUUUUAUAUUAUAGAUCAUAUAUUGAUUGGUCACAAUCAGGAAUCAUACGAAUGUGUUAUUUUUAGCAUAAUAUAGCUCGAACAGAAAGAGGAUUCCUAUGUUUGAAUGAAUGUGCAUGUGUGUUGUGUGCAUGAAUGAGCAUUGCUAGAGGGGAAAAAGUAGCCUAAUAUAUACAUAAAUAUAUAUAUAAUAUAUAUGCAAUUCCAAAAACAAAAAUAAAAUUCGUUUUUCAAAAUGAA